CAACUAAUCGGGCUGUAUUGGAGGCAAUAAAAGAUCAGAACUUUUAGCACCUGGCUGCAUUUUGGAUGAUUAUUACUGUUAACUGAAAACCAAGGUGGCAUUCAGAAAACCUCCCGGAGAAACCCUCUCCCAGAGAGAACCAAAUAUAUUUUAAAGAACAAGAACACCACAUUUUGGCACCCGAACAGGGACUGACAGACCCCUCAGUGGAUUUCAGUGGAAAAGCUCCGAUCCUGAUUCAAGUGGAAAAGCCUCUGAUCCUGAUCCAGUGGAAAAGACUCCUCAACUCAGAAAUUAGGACCAGAGGAUGCUGAUGGAUGUGUGUGAGAGCCCUGAUCGAGAUCCUGGAUCUCCAGAGAAAGAACAGCAAGAGCUCGCAGAUGAUGACAUUCUGAAAGAAAGUGGGUCUGAUCGUGAGUUGGAUGGAGAGGGUGGGAAGGGCACUGAUUUGGAGGAAGAGGAAGAAGAUGCAGCAAGGACGUUGAGUCAGGGUGAAGAGGAAAAUCAUUCACAUGAGGAGGACCGAUUAAGUGAAACCAAAUCUCAGGACUCUGAUAAUAAUGAUCAGAGCAGAGAUCGUAAGAACUCUCCAUGUUGGGAGGAGAAGGUGGAGGAGGAAGACAAGACAAAUGAUCUUAGAGAUAAAGCCUCUUCAGUCACUAGAGAACUGGAUGAACAUGAAUUAGAUUAUGAUGAGGAGGUUCCUGAGGAACCCACAACUACUGCUCAAGAGGAUGAGGCUGAGAAGGCUGGUGGAGAAGAUGAGGAUGAGAAAGGAAAAGGUACUCCAGAGGAAGAAGAGAAAUCCAGUGGUAAAAAUGGGGAGGAAAAAGAACACCCAGAAUCUCUUAAGGAGAAAAAAAGAGAGGAAGAUGAUGGAGAAAUUGAUGAUGAUGAUCUGGAAGAAGGAGAAGUAAAGGAUCCUAGUGAUAGGAAGGUGAGGCCUCGUCCCAUCUGCCGAUUCUUUAUGAAAGGUGGGUUCCCCCUUUCAACAGGAUGCAACAGAAACAUUCUCGGCAUGGAUUUCAAAGCGGAGCAGCCUUCAGAAAGAAACGGUCAUUGUACAUGGGGGAUGAAUUGUAGGUUUAUCCAUCCUGGAGUGAAUGACAAAGGAAAUUAUUCUUUGAUCACAAAACCAGACCCUUUUCCACCCAAUGGUGCACCACCUGUUGGACCUCAUCCAUUGAUGCCAGCCAAUCCUUGGGGUGGACCAGUUGUUGAUGAAAUUCUGCCUCCACCACCUCCAGAACCCCCAACAGAGAGUGCCUGGGAGAGAGGACUCCGGCAUGCAAAGGAGGUUUUAAAAAAGGCAACCAUUCGCAAAGAACAGGAACCUGAUUUUGAAGAAAAAAGGUUUACAGUGACCAUUGGAGAAGAUGAGCUAGAAUUUGACAAAGAAAGUGAAUUUUUCAGAGAAUGGAAUUAUCGGAUUACUAGAGAUGUCAGAGAUACAGCACUUGAACCAUCUUCAGAUCCUUAUUAUGAUUAUAAAAUAGAACGAUUUUGGCGUGGUGGACAAUAUGAGAACUUCAGAGUGCAAUAUACAGAAACUAAACCAUAUCAUAAUUAUCGACAGAGGGAAAAGGAACGAGAGAGAGAAAAUAGACAGAGAGAACGGGAACGGAAACGUGAGAGAGACCGAGAAAGGGAACGGCGGCAAAGGGAGAGAGAGCGAGAGAGAGAAAGACGACGGGACCAAAAACGCCAACGAAGGAAAGAGGAGUGGGCACGAGAACGAGCCAAGCUAGAUGAAAAAGACAGGCAGCACAGAGACCGGGACAGAGAAAAAGAAAAAGAAAACCCAAAACCUAGAUUCCCUCAACCACCAAGCCGUCAAUCUGAGCCACCAAAGAAGGAAACCACAUUAACUGGCCCACAGAUGAAAAGAGCAGAUGAAUGGAAGGAUCCUUGGCGACGAUCCCCUAAAAAAAAGUCCCCUAAAAAGAAACUUGGUGUAUCAGUUUCUCCAAGCCGUGCACGGAAGCGUCGAAAAACAUCUGCCUCAUCAGCAUCUGCAUCCAUUUCCUCCAGGUCAUCUUCUCGUUCAUCAUCAUACUCUAGUUCUGGCUCCUCACGAUCCUGGUCCAGUUCCUCAUCCUACAGCUCCUAUUCUAGUCGCUCUUCUAGACACAGCUCAUUCUCAAGCAGCAGUUCCAGUUCUCGUUCUUUUUCAUCUUCCUCUUCUCCAUCGCCAACACCAUCCCCACACAAACCUUCUAUAAAAACUAAAGGAGAACCUGCCCCACCUGCUGGAAAAGGAGAGAAGUCUCUGAAAAAGCCAGUUCCCCCUCCCGUGCCCCCACAAUCCACGAAAACUAUUACACCUGUAGCAGAGCCAACCAAACCAGGAGAUAACAGAGAAGCCAGAAGGAAGGACCGCCCAACCAGAACCCCACCCAGGAGGCGGACCAUCAGCGGCAGCAUCAGCGACAGUACCAGUAGCUAUAGCGGAUCUAGUUCCCGAUCCAGGUCAUUGUCAAGAUCUCUCUCUAGGUCCUAUUCCCGAUCAACUUCUGCCUCUAUUUCUCCCUCCCCAUCAGGGUCCAGGAAGUCCCGGUCCCUGAGUGAGAGCAGCGUGUCCUCCAUCUCCAAUGCCACGUCAAGUAGCAGUUCUGUUCGCAGUGCCGAUUCAGAGGACAUGUAUGCUGAUCUGGCCAGUCCUGUUUCCUCGGCCAGUUCCCGGUCUCCCACGCCUGUCCAGCUGAAGAAGGAGAAAGGAAAGUCAAAAAAAGAAGACAGUGUUAAAGAAAAGAAGCGGAAAAGGGAGGCUCCCACAAAGCCUCCCAAAUCCACAAAACCUGCAGCCAGUAGUAAAUCAUCCCAGCAGUUACCACCUCCCCAACAAGUGCUCCCGCCACAACUUCAGCAAGGAGGGUUCAGCGCUCACAAAGAGAUCAAACCGACAUUAUUAAAUAAGGCAGCUGAUAAAGGAAGCAGGAAAAGAUAUGGACCAUCAGACAAGGACAGACAAACUUCUCCUCCAGCAAAACGAGCUAACCUAUCUCCUGGAAGAGGUUCUCGUGAUAGGAAGCCAGGUGGGAGAAUCUCUUCUCCUUAACAGGAAUGCCAGAGAGGACAGAACCCCAAACCAUCUCUGACUCAACCAGAUAGGAAACGCCAGCUGUCCCCACAGUCCAAGAGCUCUUGCAGAUUAGAGCUUGAGUAA